CAACCCGGAUCGGCGAUGGCAACCGCGUCAGCAUCGGUAGUCGAUGGGCCGGCGAGCGAACGCCGCAUCCGGGCGGACGAGUACGUUAACCCGUUCGUCCUGCGGCUCGAUCUGACCGAUCCGUGGGAGAAGCUGAAGACCUACCUGAUGACGAUCUUCGUGUUGCCGGUGCGGGCGGUACUGAUGGGCGUGUGCUUGGUGGUGGCGUGGAUAUUCGCCUCGAUUGGACUGUACGGACUGACGGACAAGGAGCGCCGCUCCGUACCCAUAUCCGGCUGGCGACGGGAGAUGCGCGAGCUGACGGCGCUGGCUAUGCGGGCCCUGUACGCGUUCGGUUCGUUCCACUACAUCAAGGUGAAUGGCGAGUGUGCGUCACCGCGGGAGGCCCCGCUGGUGGUCGUCGGGCCUCACUACAGCCUGUUCGAUUCGAUCGUCGUCGCGUUCUGCGGACCAUCGACCGUGGUAGCGAAGAGUAAGGCGGCCGACCUACCGCUGAUAGGCAAGAUCAUCGACAUCACGCAGCCGAUCUACGUGUGCCGGGAGGAUCCGAACUCGCGGCACCUGACGCGCCACCUCAUCGUCGAGCGCGUCAUUUCGAAGGAGGACUGGCCCCAGAUCCUGAUCUUCCCGGAGGGAACGUGCAGCAACGGGAAGGCGGUGGUCCAGUUCAAGCCGGGCGCGUUCGGGCCCGGCCUACCAGUGCAACCGGUCGCCAUUCGCUACACAAACCCGCUCAAUACGGUCUCGUGGACGUGGGAAGGACCGGGCGUGCCGGUGCUACUGUGGCGUACCCUAACCACCUUGCACACCGGCUUCGAGAUCAACUUCCUGCCGGUCUACUAUCCGGAUGAGCGCGAGCGCAACGAUGCGAAGCUGUACGCGCGGAACGUGCGCGACCGGAUCGCCGCCUCGCUUGGCAUACCCGGCACCGACCACGGUUACAACGAUUGCCGCCUGAUGAACUACAUGAUCGCGAUCGGCAUGCCGUACUACGCGUGGAGCCACGAUAUCGCCAAGAUGCGCCGCUGGCUCAGCCUCAGCGAUGGUGCGGUCGAACGGCAGCUGCUCGAACGUGAGGCACCGUUCACCGAGCGGAACGCGCACCUAACGUUGGACGCGUUUGCGACGAGCUUACGGAUCCCACCCGGCGAUGACUCCGCGCGGAUUCUCUUCCAGAUCUUUACCAAAGACAACGAGCCGCAUCGACGCACGGACACCAUCGACAUGCGGCAGUAUCUGCUGUUGGCCCUUUUCCUCAGCACUAUCGGCAGCCCGAAGCUGGCGUUGCUGCAGCAGCUGUUCAAGCUUUACAGCACCGACCGGUGGCGAGUGUCCAGCGAAGGGUUGUACCGGGCUGUGCAGCAUCUGUCGACCAUCACACGCACCCAGUGCGAUCAGCUGUUUGCCAAGGCGGACACGCACAAUUUAGGAUUAAUUACCUUCGAUCAAUUCGAGGCUAGCAUUGGCUGUCAUCCGAUUCUCAUCGAACUGCAGGAGCUAAACGAGCCCCCACCGUACGCUGCGUCACCACCGGCGCCGGUAGCCAGCUAGGAACCAGCGAAUCGCGCAUCGCGUCCGAUGUUUCUGUUGCUCCUGCUCCAUGUUCUGCUCCUUUAUUAGUGCCCAGCAUUAGCCCCGCUAGUUUGUCGAUAUCUGUAUACACACACACACACACACACACAUGCAUGCAUGUACAUCCACACUUACACUCGUUACACACACGCACACACAUAUACGCAAGCGAGGCGUGCGUUUACAUAUGUUUAAGCUACCCCGCCCCAGGUGGUCAGUAAAGCCUAGUGAAUGACCAGUAUCCUGCCUCGGUGUUACCG